AUGGCGCAAAUGCUCCUUGACAUCGUCUACUCCUUCGGGAACUGCCUAAACUGCUUCCCCGGCUCCCCGACCCUCAAGAUCAACAGCCGCAACUUCAAGAUUCUCCGUCUCCUCGGCGAGGGCGGCUUCUCCUACGUCUACCUCGUCCAAGACACAUCGACCAAUGAAGAAUUCGCCCUCAAGAAGAUCCGAUGCCCCUUCGGCGCCGAGUCCGUCGCCCAGGCGAUGAAAGAGGUCGAGGCCUACCGCCUCUUCGCCCGCGUCCCGGGCAUCAUCCACGCCGCGGACCACGCCAUCGCCACCGAGCGCGGCGGCGAGCCCGGCUCCAAGACCGUCUACGUCCUGCUGCCCUACUACCGCCGCGGCAACCUCCAGGACCUCAUUAACGCCAACCUCGUCAACCACACCGCGUUCCCCGAGCGCCGCCUCAUGCUGCUGUUCCUCGGCGUCUGCAAGGCCCUCCGCGCGAUGCACAAGUACAGCGGCGGCCCGCCGGUGGCCAUGGAGCGCAUGGAGAUGGGCAACGGCGACGAGGAGGACUCGACGGAGAACAACAGCAAGAGGAAGAAGGGCAAGAACAAGGGCGGGAACAGGGUCACGAGCGCCGCGGCAGGAGGCGCCGACGACGAGGACGAGGAGGACCAGCAGAGGCCCUUGAUGGAGGGGGAGACGCCUGGGUCGGGCGACGUGAAGUCCUAUUCGCAUCGCGACAUCAAGCCCGGAAACAUCAUGAUUGACGACUCGGGCUCCAACCCAAUCCUGAUGGACCUCGGCUCCAUCGCCCCGUCCCCGAUUGCAAUCACCUCGCACUCCCUCGCCAUCGCGACGCAGGACAUCGCCGCCGAGCACAGCACCAUGCCCUACCGCGCCCCGGAGCUCUUCGACGUCCGCACAGGCACCGUGAUCGACACAAAGGUGGACAUCUGGUCGAUGGGCUGCACGUUGUACGCAUGCCUCGUCGGCAAGUCCCCCUUUGAGGCACGCUCCGAUGAGACGGGUGGUUCGCUGAGUCUCUGCGUUCUCGGCGGCGACUGGCGGUUCCCCGACGAGGGCGUUAGGCGUACCGGCACGGGCAUGAAGGGCAAGGCCGUUGAUUCGGGCAACGGUGGCGCAUCAGCCAGCGAGCCCAAGAUCAGCGAGCCCAUCCGCGACGUUGUGAGGAAAUGUCUCAAGGUCGAGCCGGCUGAGAGGCCAGACAUUGACGAGCUUAUUGACAUGGUGGAAACCGUCAUUGAGGAGCUGCCUCAGGAAGGUUCGCUGUGA